CAAUCUUAUAUUACAGUUUACAAGGCUCUUCAAAAUGCAGUUUAAAUCUAUCAUAUCACUCUUUGCAUUUAUUAACUUUGCUUUUCCAUCUGCAGCAGGAGAAUUCGAGACAAGACAGAAUUCUCUAAGGUGUUUCUGUUGCCACCAAGCUGUUCAGCCUUUCCUGUUUUUCAGAGGUGCUGGGAAUGGUUGUCUUGAAAUUGAAUUAGGAGAUGGUGCUGCUUGUGGAACUGGGAGGCCAAGUACACUAUGCUGUCCUAGAGGUGCUAUUACUAGCGGCACGGGAGGUAAUCUCAAAGUUGCAUGUAAAUGAUCGAAUGGAAUUCAUACAAUGGGAAAUAAUGGGAAAUAUGGAUACCGGACUGAAAAUAUCAACUUUCA